GCAUAAUCUUCCAGAGAAUAUCGUCGUUAACUCAAAUAAAUUUUGAUUUUUAUUUACGUUUAUUGGCGCCUUAAGAAAACAUUACGUCACUGACAUAUUGUUCGUUAAACAUUGCGUUAAUUUUGUUAAACGCAUACAACCCUGUAAAUAUGCAAAACAAAAAGGAAUCCACCAAAAAUAUUUGCAACAAGAAAGAUAAAGAAAAUAAAGAGGAUAAAAAAGAAAACAAAAUAGAAUUGCAAGCAGCUGUGAGCGGACAAACAAGUCAUUCGACCAGGAACAAAUGCAAUACGACCAACUACGCAUAACGAUAACGACUUCAUGAAUACCAGAAACUGCUUUUAACAUAGUGCAUUCGUGUUUGUUUGUGGUUCUGCGCGAAAAUACCGCAUUCGUAUAUGUAUAUUCUGUAGUUCUGUAUUUCGUCGGACAACUUUCAAUUGGAAGACACAAGAUAAAGCAAAAGAAAAUUACAAAAACAAAGAAGUAGCGGAAUUUUGUAUUUUGUUCACCGCAAUUGCUUGGUCGCUUGGUUCAGUUCGAAAGCAAUUCAAUUCGCUGUCACUCGUCGUCGACGACAAUCGUUCGCUAUUAGUUAUACAAGCUCCGCAAUAAUUCUGCGCGCAGAAGAUCAGCAGGGAGUUGAAUAUAAUGGAAUAAACUACAUAUAAAAAAUCAAAUCUAAUUGGAAAAAUUUUCUUGAAAAUUCUUUGGAAAGAAUAUUUGCUGUUAUACGGUAGUGUGUCAAUGUUUACAAGUUGUGUUAGUGUGUGUAGAAAUUAAUGAAAAUUCGAUGACAAGUAUUAAAUCGGAAAGAGCUUUUGUGGCAGAGGAAAAUUUAGAAGCGCAAAUUGGCAAAAUAUAUUGACGCGAAUGUGUUAAUUGCGUUCGUCAGUGUGUUUUUGAGUGCGUACUUGCAAUUCGCGGAUGCUUGUGUAGGUGUGCAUUGCAGUUGAUUCUUAUUACUGAACGAAUUUUAACAGCAGACAAAUAAGUUACGGAAGUGCAAAAAAUAUAUGUUUUUAUAUAUGUAUAAGUAUUUCAUAAAUACAAAAUUGUGGAAAUUCAUCCCAGUAAAAAAUUGGCAUUGGAAGAUUUUGACGUUGCUGUAGGCAGCAAAGAAAAGUGCAAUAACUGAGAUUGCAAGGCAGGAAAAUCAAUCAAGAAAUUUCAGUGUAUGUUAAAUACAAUGUUACAAUAACUAAGUGCAUUGUAAAACAGUAUAUUAAAGCAAAAAAUGUUGCAAUGUUAAGAAAAUAUUUAAGUUUGUGAAAAAGCAAGCAGGAAAAAAAUCCAAUCCGAUGAUAACGAAGAGCAUAAAGUUGAAUAUUCUUGCAUUUUGCAUAUUCUGCUAUUCGCAAUUUAGCAGCUGAUAAAAAUUCAAAAGUGGUGACAGUAAACAAAUAAAUAAAAAAAUUGUUGUGAUUGUGAAAAUCUUAUCAAAUUUUCAUAAAACUACUGCAAAUCUUUUUGAUUCAACAAAGAGCUACUUAACAUUGCAGCAAAAAGGCAGAUUUUGAUAGGUACGUUAAAGGAUAUUGGAAUGCAAAUUUCGAUUGUAACUAUCCAUCGAAAACGGUCCAAUAAGAGUGUAGUUCAAGUAUAUUCAUAAAAAAUUAUGAGCACUUACGUAAAUAUACAUCUGUACAUAUGACUGAUACGGAAAGGUCGUCACGGUAAAUUUUUUAACUACGCAUUUCGCUCGAGAGAAAGCAGUGAAACAAAACAAAGAAAGAUAAGGCAAUAAAAAAGUGGCCUGAAAAUAUAACAGCUAUCGUGUGACAAGUAUUGUGCUCAUAAUUAAUUACUUUCUAGUUGCAUCGUUUUAUCUGCUGGUAAAAUAGCACAAAACAAAAAGAUUAUAUCGGAAAAACACACAAUUAUUAAAUACUCUGUUUAAAUUUAAAUACUUUUUGUUUGACAACGAGUUGAUAACGUCAAUUAUUAUCAGAGUGUAAUAUUAUCCGUGUUAUUGUGCCCGUGGCGUUGAGGGGCUUAGUGGUGGCUUCGUGCUUAUUUUAUACGCUUAGGUAGCAACAAAUCCAUAGUGCGCACUACAAAUUGAACAUAAAGUUGCAAAGAUGACCAACAAUGCUACCAAUUCCGCAUCUCGAUUUCGCUCACAACGCAACGACUGACUUACGACGCAACAGCAGCGGUAACGACGGCGACUGCGCGGUCGACGGCAACCUUUAACUGCUUUGUUACGUAUACGUCGUGUAUGUCAGUUGCGCUUCAUCGCAAGAGCCGAUGCAGAGCGUUGAGUAACGAACGCCAGAUCCAAACAAUUACGCAGCGUAAAAGGGAAAAAACAACGCAGACUGUAAAAAAGUUGUGAAAACUUGUAGCUUAAUAGUGGUUAAGAGUGUUGAGCGGUAGCUUAAAAAGGUGCAAAUAAAAAACGUUACAGUUAUUAAGCGAUUUUUAUUGUCGCCAUUGUUGACGCGUUCAACUUUGAGCGAAGCAAACAGCGAAAAUUAAUAAAAAUAAAAUAAACAAAAAACAAUAACAAUUAAACAAUACACACAUACACACCAAUACACCUUGAACGCCUCAUCCAAGUGCGUCAACCGUCCUCGGCCUUAAAUGUUUAUCAAAAAUAAUACGCUUUUGAAUAGCAGCAGCGGUGUUGGCGUUGGCAACGGUAGCGUUAACAGUAGCGGCAGCGGCAGUGAUCGACUUGGUAUCGACAGCAUUGUAGGUGUUGGUGGUGGUGAGAGUGUUGGCGCCAGCAGUGUGGCAGGCAGCAUCAGCAUAGCAAGCAGCAGCAGUGUCGGUGGCAGCAGCAACAGUAUCGGCAUUGGUAGCGGAGGCGGCGGCGGCGGCGGCGGUGGCAGCGCAGAGUUGCUCUAUCCAAGCAGCAGCAGCAGCAGUAGUUCAAGCGCCAGCGGUCAGGCUAGCAGCGCUUGUAGUCACAGCGGCAGCAGCAGCAGUGUUAGCACAGGCAGCGCGGCACCCUUAAAUCCGACACGACGCUGUGCCACACAGACUGACAACAACAAUAGCGUCAGCGGCAAACGCGGCCUCAAUUUGAGCUUAUUACACAAUCACAGUCCGAGCAACAGCAGCAGCUGCAGCAGCGGCAGCAAUAAUAAUAACAACAACAACAAUAAUAACAGCAACAACAGCCACAAUUACAACGGCAGCGGCGGUAGUGUUGGUGGCGGCCUUGGCUUAUUAGUUGGUCAAAGUGUUGGUGGCAUAGUUGGCAGCGGUCGACGCUUAAUCGGCGGUCUUGGUGGCAGCAUUUGGCGCUCAGCCACUUCGACCACAUCCUCGUCAUCAGCAGCAGCAGCCACUGCAGCAGCUACGCCAGCGACGAAUUCGCACGCAACUCAGACCAUCGCUAACGUCUCGGCGUCCGGUUCCGCGUCCGCAUCCUCGAACUCGACUUCGACCUCAUCGCCGACCGCCUCGUACGCCAAUUCCACAGCCAGCAGCAGUGCUGUAGCAUUGACCAUCGCUGACGGCAGCGCUAAUAAUUUCUUUAGUAGCGGCAGCGCACCGGCAGCAGUGGCAGCGGCAGCAACAGCAGCAGCGAUCGUUUAUAGCGGCGCCGCCAAUAGCAGGCACUUUCUGCGCGGUCAUAAGAAAACUUUUUUAUUUCACACGGUUAACAACAAAACAGCAACAACGGGUAACAGCGUGAGUGCAGUUGCUGGCGAGAGCAGCGCCAUCAUCAAAAUGGAUGAAGAGGACUCUAUGGAUGAGGAAGUGCCCCAGACAUUCCUCAGCUCCUCGGAUGCGGAUGACGAACCUAUAAAACAACUGCCAAAGGAAAUUCUUUUACGUAUUUUCUCCUAUUUGGACGUGGUGUCUUUAUGCAGAUGUGCACAAGUCUGCAAAUAUUGGAAUGUAUUGGCCUUGGAUGGAUCUAGUUGGCAGAAAAUCAAUUUAUUUGAUUUUCAACGGGACAUCGAGGGUCCAGUUAUUGAAAAUAUAUCCCAACGAUGUGGUGGCUUUUUGAAAUUCCUUUCAUUGCGCGGCUGUCAAUCAGUUGUUGAUAAAUCGAUAAGAACAUUAGCAUUUCACUGCCCCAACAUAGAAAACUUGGACUUAUCCGAAUGUAAGAAGAUCACCGAUAUAUCGACACAGUCAAUAAGCAAAAACUGUGUAAGAUUAGCAGCAAUCAAUUUGCAAUCGUGCUCUAAUAUAACCGAUGAUAGUUUAAAAUAUAUAUCGGAUGGUUGUCCGAACUUACUUGAAAUCAACAUUUCAUGGUGUCAUUUAAUCUCAGAGAAUGGCGUUGAGGCCUUGGCGCGCGGCUGCAAAAAGCUGCGCAAAUUCUGCAGCAAAGGUUGUAAACAAGUCAACGACAAUGCCAUCACCUGCCUGGCUAAAUUCUGUCACGACCUAAUGGUGCUCAAUUUACACAGCUGUGAGACCGUCACCGAUGCCUCGAUACGACAGAUCGCCGCCAAUUGUCCUAAAUUGCAAAAGCUGUGCGUUUCGAAAUGCGUCGAACUCUCCGAUCUCUCGCUAAUGGCUCUCUCACAGAAUAAUCCAUUGCUGAAUACGCUUGAAGCAUCUGGCUGUCGUAAUUUCACCGAUAUCGGUUUUCAGGCCUUGGGCAAGAAUUGCAAAUAUUUGGAACGCAUGGACUUAGAGGAGUGCAAUCAGAUAACCGAUUUGACGCUGGCGCAUUUGGCAACUGGUUGUCCCAGUUUAGAAAAACUGACUUUGUCGCAUUGUGAGCUUAUCACUGACGAUGGAAUACGUCAGCUGGCGGCGGGUAGUUGUGCAGCUGAGAGUUUAUCCGUCCUCGAAUUGGAUAAUUGUCCAUUAAUCACCGAUCGUACAUUAGAGCAUUUAGUAUCUUGUCACAAUUUACAAAGAAUCGAGCUAUUCGACUGCCAAAUGAUAUCGAGAGCAGCAAUACGAAAAUUAAAGAAUCAUCUACCAAAUAUUAAGGUACACGCCUAUUUUGCACCAGUUACACCGCCACCAGUUACCACUGGACAUCGCCCACGGUAUUGUCGCUGUUGUGAGAUUCUCUGAGAUUCGGCCAUCGGCUUCGCCAGGAAAUUCUUGUGCAAGGGCCCUACUGACUGAUGUUUGUAUAUAUUUACUAGUACAUUUCUAAUUGUUUUGACGAUCAUUAUGACAUCGCUAACACUCAUGUAUCUCUUCUCGAUGAUUUACUAUGUUUUUUGAAAAAUAACCAAAAACAACAAAAUGACAACAUGUAUAUGUAAUGAUAACAACAACAACAACUACAAUUAUAAUAUUAUAUCAAAUAACCGGAGCAAAAUUGCACGAAAAUUUUAUGUACAUACAUAACUACUUAUGAGAGAGAAAUUCUUAAUCCCAGACAAAUUUAAAUAUUUUGUGCAAAGAAAAAAAGCAAAAGAACGAAUGCUAAAAUAUAUAUGUAUAUGUGAAAUAAAAUAAAAAUAUUGUGAACAGAACGUACUAAACGAAAAAUAAGCAAGGCUUGCAAAAAUAUAUUUGAUUUUAAGAAGAAGCUGUUAAGGCACGACAUACAUACACACACAUAUACAUAUUUACAUACAUUAGAAGUGACAAAAGAUUUUUUAACGAAAUUCUAAAAUCAAAAUAAAAAAUGCACAAAGCGAAAUUAAACAAAAUCAAGACUAAACGUUUAAAGCGAACAAAAAAAAAAAAAAUAUUAAAUAACAUAUGUACAUAUGUAUUUAAUUGAUUGACAUUUUAGGAGGAUAUAACACUUAAGUUGACAAGCAAAAACCAGAAGAAAAUUAUUAAAAUUAUUACAAAGGCUUUUUUGCGUAUAACGCUUGGCAAUUACUAUUUUCACACACAUACAUAUAUACACACAUAUUUAUUGUCAAUAUUUUUUCGCAGACGGAAUUUCGAGUAUUAGGACAAGAAGCAAUAUACAGUUGUACAUAUAGAACGUCCGAAAGGAGUAAUGAGAAGAUAUAUAAGAGACGGCUGGAGUUUGGUGAGGUGUAGGAAAAUUGUUUUGUGAUUUUAUGCGUUUUUACCUGUAAUUAUACACACACACAGAUAAUGAAAUUUACAAUUUGUGUUUUUGUUGUUGUUUCUCUAUGUAAAUUUUUAGUUUUUAGUUUUUUCGUUACAUGUUUUAGUCGAAAGCGAGAUUUUAUAUAUACACACACAUUCAUACAUACAUACAUACUACACAUACGGUAAUAUUUUAUUUUUUAUACAUACGAAAAUUGCAAAAAAUGCACAUACAUACAUAAAAAAUAUACAAAAAGUAUAUAGUAAUACAUAAAAGCAUAUAAAAAAUUUUAACGGCGCUUCUCACGUCGGAUCAUAAAUAUGUAAAUAACAAAUUAAAAAUCACUUACAUGAAGUUGUACAUACAAACAUAAGUAUGCGUAUGGAUGCAUGGCGUUGCGCACGCUGCACCGAGAGUCAAAAACGUUUUCGCAAUUAAGUGGGUGGAACACUCCAUACAUACAUACGUACUGCUUUGUAUUGCGUUAAGAUUUUAUAUAACGUUGCAUACAUUUAUGGUAGGUUGAAAGAAGUUUGGAAAUCACGCAUUUUUGAGACAGAUGCGUAGAUAUGUAAUGGAUCACAACUUGUUUGCUGCUAGAAAUUUUAUAUUAACGCUAAAAAAGUUUUUUUUUUGUUUUUUGUAUGAAUCAUACAAAAAAAUUUUAUACAUUUUUAAAAUUUUUUUUUUAAUUCCUUUUUUAAUAUUUUUUUUCCUUUUAAACACUUUAUAAUUUUAAAAAAUAUUACGUAUUAUGUUGAGGCAUUAUAAAUCUUCAAUUUAAUUGAUUUAAUUUAAUUUUUCAACUUAAAAUGAUUAGAAACGCAAAAAAGUGCUGACUUUAAUCUUUGUAAAAUCGUUGUAACCAGCUAAUGUUGUAGAAUUCACUCAUAUAAUCUUAUCUUCAAAGCUACUAAGUAGAUAAGUAUUUUUAAAAAAUUUAAAAUCUCGAAAUUUCCUUAGUAAAUGAGAAAAAAUUGACAAUUUAUUUAAGUAGUUGAAAAAUUUCGUACAGUUAAUAAUAUAUAGAAGGAAAAAAUUUAGAGAAAUACCUAUGAAUCUUUUGGAGGAAGGUGAAGUGUACUAUAGUUCAAGAUCAUAGAUUAAUACAGGUUAAUCUUCAAGUUUUAUUAAAAUUAUUGAUUUAUAUUUCUAUUUUAUUAUAAGGUGUAGUUAGACACACGAAAAAAUUACAAUUUUAAAUAGUUUUGUUUGCUAGUAUAAAGUUUAUAAAAGUAAAAACAUAACAUCAUUAAAUAAGGUUUCGACUUGAAUUAACAGAAAUUAAAAACAUUAAAAUUCAUAAUAUGAAAAGUAAUGGCUGUUUGUGUUAAUCCAGCUGCAACCGACCAUGAUAAUUACUAAUUUUUGAAGAUUCAUCGAUAAUUAAUCGGACAAAAAAAUAAUUGCUUUUUUAAUAUAUAACCUGGUGCCUGACCGAAGCUUUUUUUCAAGCAACAAAUUAAAAAAAUGCAAAAUUCAUUUUUUUUUAAUUCUAACUACACCUAACCCCAUUAAGGAAACAAUAAUUUUAUUAUAAAAUAUAAUUUCAAAGUUUAAAUUUUAUCGUACAAUUUUUUAAUCAAUAUUAUUUUUUUGUAAAUCAAAAUUCUUUUUUUUUAAUCAAAACUCAUUUUUUAAAUCAAAAUUCUUUUUUGUUUUUGAUUAAUUUUAUUUAAUUUUUAAAGUGUUCAAAAUUCGUUCAGGAAAUUGUUUCUGCUUAGUUUAAUUGCUAGAACUUCGCACUCUUCGUUUAUUCAAACUUUUGUGCAAAUUGUACCGCGCUUGCAUAAGUAGUAGUAAUAACAAUAAUAAUUAAUCACGUAUUUUAUUAUGAGUAAAGUCAGCACUUUUCGAAGUACAGUUAUUUGGAUUUUUAAAGAUUAUAAAUAUAAUACGUGUACAUAUGUGUAAAAUAUUUUGAAUUCGGGAAAUUUUUUUUUUUUUUAAACAAUAAUUUAAGCCUCAAACUUACGCACUACACACUCAUUUCUACAUAUAAAUAUAGGCAUAACAAAUCUUGUCAAAUGUCAUAUUCGUAAAUUUACUUACAUACAUACAUUUAUAUGUAUUAGAUUUAUAUUUUAACAAUUGGCAGGCGAGCAACGAAAAGUGAUUAUUAAAAAGAAAUUAUGUGAUAAAUUUAUAUAAAGAAUACGUUCUUAAUAAUUGUUUUUCAAUAUUUUAUAUAAAUUUCUAAAACAAAACAAAAAACAAAGCAAACACUUUACAAAGCUGCUUCAAUUAUAAUUUGCAGCAACAAAAGCCUUUGGAAAAAUGUAAAAUAUAUUUUUUCGAAAAAAAAACACCGCGAUACACAGCAAAAAAUAUGUUGUUGUAAGUAACAACCGAAAAACUAAGGCUCUCUGCAAAAAGAGGAAGCAAAUAAAAUACAGCAAAUACAAUACAAUAGAACUACAAGUGAAAAUCAAUUGGG